AAAACACUCCAUUCAUGGAUGAAAGAGAGACUGCAAAUAUCGGAGGUGAAUUACCAGGACGUCAUAUUCACCUUCCAUUCGAAUUCAAUGAUGCAGACAAACUUGGGCCGUGGGACAUACUGCUCAGUGAAAGCACUAUCAAGGAUAUACAGAACAUGGUUUUAAAUGAAAACGUCGAAGAUAUGCGGGUAGAAUUGCCUUUCACUAUUGAAAGAGUCAUGGAAAAACUUAGACAGUUAUCUUCCGGGGCGUGGAACAAAUACAAACUCAAACUUAAGGUGUCAUCUCUCAUCAUUCCUAUCUAUGAAGUAGAGGUAUCUGAUAACGGUCUGAAGAUUAUCUGGCAAGUUGACUAUGGGUUCUCUACCCGUAGCCAUUUGUACACACAACAUGUAAAGGUUUGGGCAGUCACCGCAUGCCAAGAAAAUAUUAACAAUACAUUAAAAACCCUCAAAAGUGUUCAUAAGAUCUACACCCCCGAGUACAUUAGUCGGUGUACGAUCCAAAAGACAGGUAAAGGCAAUGUCGAUUUACCGAAAUGCUUUGGGGAUCAAGAGAUAGUAAAGUUCACCGACGAAAAGUUAAGUGACGAAAAACUGCUUGAAGCCCAUAAAAUACUUGUUACAAAUAAAUUUAUCCCUAUAUCAAGGAAUUUAUUCAAAUCGCUCAUACUGAGUGGCUCUGACUUCGCAUUUCAAGUAUCUAAGACCGAGUACGAGAUAAUUAGCCAUCCUACGACGUUGGCGAUUGUUUUUGGUCGAUCGGGGACUGGCAAGACCACUUGCAUCGUAUUUAGACAGCUCGUUUCAUACUUGAGAAACCAACUUUAUAGGAACCCAUUAUCGCAUAGUGGCGACGAGGGUUUCUCUAAAAGGCAAAUUUUUAUUACAGUGAACAAAGAACUAUGCAAGCGUGUAAAGAAAUACUUCAAGAAGCUGCAGAAUUCGGCGCUGCUUGCUGGAAGAAAUAUAUCGAAGGUUGAGUUUAUUGAGUGGAAGAAGAAGACACGUGAUGUUAUUAUGGAGGAACUUGAUGUCAAAAUCCCGAACUCGUUCCGUCAACUGGCAGACCAUCAUUUCCCAUUAUUCGUUACUUUCCACAAGUUUUCGAAAAUGCUCCAGGGUACCUACGGUAUUGACACUCGAAUGUUAACCACAAAACAAAAUCAAAAGCACGAUAAGCUGUGGAAACGCUAUGUUGACUACAAUCUUUUCGAAAAGAAGUAUUGGAAUCAUCUCAGUGAUUCUUAUAGAAAAAAGUUGGAUUGCGAGCUGGUCUACUCCGAGUUCUCUAUUAUCAAGGGCACGAAUAUUGAGGUAGACUACCUGUCAAGGGAAGAAUACCGGUCCAUUAGUACCAGGAAAUAUCCAGCAUUCUGUUACAAUCGUGAUGAGAUUUAUGAUUUAUUUGAGAAAUAUGAAAUGAAGAAGGCGCAGAAUUAUGACUUUGAUUCAAUGGAUCGGACUCUAGCCAUAUUACGCGCAAUGAAAACAAGGCCAUUUGAUGGCCCGCACAUUCAUGAAGUUUACAUUGACGAAUGUCAGGAUAACCAAAUUAUAGAUUACGAGCUUAUCUUCAAACUCUUUAACCGCGCUGACAGCAUUUAUUUGGCCGGAGAUGUAGCGCAAUGUAUUGCUCGGGGGUCUUCUUUCCGAUUCCAGGACUUAUACGCAUUAAUGUAUCAACAAAAUCUUAAUCGAGUCCAAAACAACCAAUACAAUUUCUUAAAACCAAUAAAGUUUGAACUAAACGUUAACUACCGCUCCCAUAACGGGAUUCUUCGACUUGCUUCGUCAGUAAUCUAUCUCAUCCAGAACUUCUUCCCUGAUUCAAUUGACCAACUGUCACCAGAAUACGGUGAGAUUGACGGUCCACAACCUCUCAUCUUCGAGGAUUGUCAAGCCGAAACCUUUUUCAACACCGGUAUUAAUGACAAAGACAAUAAGGAAGAGGAUACCCUUAUCGAAUUUGGAGCUAGCCAGGUUGUUAUUGUACGUGAUAAAGCUACCGUAGAUCGUGUGAAAGAAAUAAAUAAAGAUAUUAGACCGGUAUUUACUGUUUUCGAAGCAAAAGGUUUGGAGUUCAAUGACGUGAUAUUGUAUAAUUUCUUUACUGACUCGCCCGCACGCUCAAAGUGGCGAGUAAUUCUCUCCUCUUUGAAUGAUUAUGAUGGGGGAAUUCGAACCUUCUCCCAUGAGAAGCAUUAUAUCCUUUCUUCGGAGCUUAAACAUCUUUAUGUCGCAAUAACUAGAGCCCGGGAGCGCCUCUGGAUUUUUGAUGAAGAUGCCGAGUUGAGCGAGCCAAUCAGAACGUACUGGAAAUGUAGGAAUCUAGUUAAAGUAGCAAAGGAAAAUAACAUAUCUUCCUUGCUUAAAAAGAGUAGUUCAUUAGACUGGAAUGACGAAGGACAGAUGUUUUAUGAGCAACAGAGAUAUGAACUUGCUAUGUUUUACUUCCAAAAGAGUGGAAACGAGGAAAGAGUAAAACUAGCUAAUGCGUAUCAUCUUCAAAAGGAUGCUAGGGAUUCCUUCAUAAUCGGAUCUGAUAGAAAAAUAGUGGAGUCCAAAUUCGCUUCCGCCGCUUUGGCCUUUAAAAAAUGUAAUUUGUUGAAAAAAGCAGCUUCAUGCUAUGAGGACGUAGACAUGUAUGAAAAAGCUGGCGAUUGUUACGUUGAAUUAAAUAUGAUCGAGACCGCUGCGCAUUGCUAUUUAAAAGGCGAGAUGUGGAACAAAGCAGGCAAUUAUUUUGAAGAUAUAAAGAAUUACGAUGAUGCAGUUAAAGCCUACAUAAAUGGUAGAAGUUAUGAAAAGGUAACCGAUUUGAUUCAGAGACGGAGACAAGAGAUUUCUAAAGAAACAAUCCAUCAAGUCAACAUCCAUUUUCGCAAUGAAGCAGAAAAAUAUCGUUUACAUGUAAAAUUCGAAGAGGCAGCUGAUAUGCUUAAACGUACGGUUGACAAUGAAGGAGACACAAUUGAAGCGUUACGGUGCCUAUUGUACCAAUGUAGAGUUUAUAUGCUGAAAAUGAUGAUUACAGAUCACACAAGCCAAAGUACCCAGAAGGAGAUGGAUAAGCUUCAUUCUAAAGCAACCGAGAUCAUUACUAAAAUUAAAUCCAAAUCUGAAUAUUGGAAGAGCCUAAUAGAUUGGAAAAUUAUAAUCGAAGAGGGUCAGUUAUACUCCUCUUAUUUAAAUGAAGAUCUUAAUAGAGUUCACAAGUGCAUAGAAUUUUUCAGUAAUCGUGAGGAACUUGUCGUUGAGUUUUUUGCGGUAAUAAUAUGGCUGCAAAUGCCAUCACCAUCCGAUAUUAAGAUCAAAUAUUGGGACGAGCGGUUACAAUGCCUUUUGAGACUAUGUAAAUUGACUUUUCCUUUUAUAGCUCCACAAAAAAAUACCGAUAUUGCUAAAAUCUCUAAAGACUUUGAGGAGAUAUUUUUUUGUUUUGUAAGCAAAAAGAGCCAUAAUAAACGGAAGAUUUCUUUUAACAAUCCAUUUUAUGAUAUUCUGGACACCAAUCAUAAAAAAAAUAAAGCCAUGGAGGACUGUUGGAAAGUUUAUGACGUGGAUGUCGUGCAUCAGAAAAUUUCUCAGUUCCUUGCUUCGUAUAUCUAUAAGCUCAUUUCGAAAGCAGAACAGGAUGGUAGAAACAACCCAGAUAUAGCUUCAAUAAUCUACGCAUCAUCGGAUAAUUGUCAAAUUCAAAAUUGCCGAAUGCAUCACGUAAUUCCGACAUCAUCAUUACCACAACUCCUGAAACUUGUGAGACUCCAAUACAAAGUGGUGCGAAGGUUGGAUGUAUUAUAUCAUUAUGGACUUCUUAGAGAGGAGAAAAGUAAAGAAUUUCUUGGUUCACAAAAGUGGUGGGCUGAAAAAUUGGUUAAAUGUCAUAUAGUCUUUCAAUCACCGCAGAAAAACUGCCCGGAGGUUACUAGUAUUAUAAAUGACGCAAACAAUAUUUGGUUAUUCAAUGAAUCUAAGAGUGUUGGCGACUUUGAAGUUUUGUUAAAAUCUAUGUUUUUUAUUCAGCGGAUGAUGAACAAAAAAGCCAUUGGGGAACUCCAUCGGGAAAUGUCGAAAACAAAAAUGAUAUCACGCCCUAACGAUCUACCCGUUGGUUUUGAAUAUUACUGUGGAAAUUUUCAAGUGAUUCCGGUUGGAAGGCAUCUCUCGCUAUUUUUCUCGUUUCUUCACAAUAAUAAAGUGAUCUCCGCGAUCAUAAGCUCAACAGCGUUUAUUCGUUAUGCCAUAAAAAAUAUUAAAAAAGUCAAUCUGUCUUCUUCCGAUGCUCUCGAUGAACUUACGUCUCUCAUGGAAUUUACAACGUCUUUAAUUUUUGCAGUCGGUCAAGAGUAUUGCGAUAUUUGUCUUCCUCGAGCUUAUCUAAUUAAUUACUUUGAAGCAUUUACCGCGAAACCACUCAUUCCGGGUCGAUAUAUUUAUAGCGAAAAGAACUAUCUGUAUACAAUCAAUAAUUCACUCGUUCAAGUUCAACGACUUCUCAACCUGCUAUUUGGUAAGGAACAGGUUAAAAUGACGAUUAUUCUUCGAUUGAUAAGGCUUAUGAUACUUAUCGGUUUAAACGAACCCACUGUUGCGCAGAAGAUUCUUGGUCUUUUCAACUCUUAUAGUAAAUACAUCUUUUCUAUAAAAUUUAAGAAAUACCUAGAAGAGAACAAUUUUAAACGUCUUGUGGCCAUACUGCAUAAUGACCUCAGAGAGAUACGUUGUGACUCCUUGGUUAUCGUUCGUCAACAAAAUGUAAGCACAUCAAAAUUUGCUUGCUUCGAAAAAUAUGGCAUCAAAUACCUUACAUACAGCACAAUUGAGGAAUUUCGUUCUUCCCUUCGGAAUUUCGGUUGA